AAAAAGAAGAGCUUUAAUUACAGAGUGAAGAGAAAGACUGUCAGAAACAGAAAAUGGCUGAUAAGCGUCACAUGUGUCUGCUGGGACGGAUCAUUCUCUGUGCACUUCUCACAGGUAUCAGUGGAUCAGAAGUGACUCAAGUGUUCUUCAGUUCUGGUGAAGAUGUCCGUCUGUCCUGUAAUAAUGCUCUUUCUGGCUGCACAUCAACUACAUGGAUCUAUAACAGACCAUCAGAGUCAGAGACAGCAGUUGAACUGAUUGCUGGAGGAGUAAAGAAGACUGACACAGAGAGACACGAGAGACUGAGUCUGGGCUCUGACUGCUCUCUGAACAUCAAGAAAGUCACAAAAGAAGAUCGUGGACUUUACUCCUGCAGACAAUAUGUGAAUGAACAACAACAUGGAGCUGAUGCACAAGUUUAUCUGCAUGUUCUUCAUGUGUCUUCAUCAUCCUCACAGUCUGAGAUCAGAUCAGGCCGCUCUCUGACUGUCUUCUGUCAGUUAUAUAAUGAUGAUCCAGUCUAUGACGUAUCUGAACAUUCAUCUUUUCCAGCUCCAAGCGAAACAAAGCCACCGUCUCCAGUCACCAGCUCUAAAUCAGCUUCAGCUCCUACACAAGCAGCUUCAGCUGAUUCAACACUGAUUCCAGUCAGCAGCUCAAACUCUGAGAAGAAAUCAAGUCAAACUACAGCAGCUUCUACAGAACAAGCUUCAGCUGAUUCAACACUGAUUCCAGUCAGCAGCUCAAACUCUGAGAAGAAAUCAAGUCAAACUACAGCAGCUUCUACAGAACAAGAGACACAGACUCCUCAAACCCCCGAGACAACAGCUACACAGAGAGCUUCAGCUGAUUCAACACUGAUUCCAGUCGGCAGCUCAAACUCUGAGAAGAAAUCAAGUAAAACUACAGCAGCUUCUACAGAACAAGAGACACAGACUCCUCAAACCCCCGAGACAACAGCUACACAGAGAGCUUCAGUUGAUUCAACACUGAUUCCAGUCGGCAGCUCAAACUCUGAGAAGAAAUCAAGUCAAACUACAGCAGCUUCUACAGAACAAGAGACACAGACUCCUCAAACCCCCGAGACAACAGCUACACAGAGAGCUUCAGCUGAUUCAACACUGAUUCCAGUCAGCAGCUCAAACUCUGAGAAGAAAUCAAGUCAAACUACAGCAGCUUCUACAGAACAAGAGACACAGACUCCUCAAACCCCCGAGACAACAGCUACACAGAGAGCUUCAGCUGAUUCAACACUGAUUCCAGUCGGCAGCUCAAACUCUGAGAAGAAAUCAAGUCAAACUACAGCAGCUUCUACAGAACAAGAGAACCAGACUCCUCAAACCCCCGAGACAACAGCUACACAGAGAGCUUCAGCUGAUUCAACACUGAUUCCAGUCAGCAGCUCAAACUCUGAGAAGAAAUCAAGUCAAACUACAGCAGCUUCUACAGAACAAGAGACACAGACUCCUCAAACCCCCGAGACAACAGCUACACAGAGAGCUUCAGCUGAUUCAACACUGAUUCCAGUCAGCAGCUCAAACUCUGAGAAGAAAUCAAGUCAAACUACAGCAGCUUCUACAGAACAAGAGACACAGACUCCUCAAACCCCCGAGACAACAGCUACACAGAGAGCUUCAGCUGAUUCAACACUGAUUCCAGUCAGCAGCUCAAACUCUGAGAAGAAAUCAAGUCAAACUACAGCAGCUUCUACAGAACAAGAGACACAGACUCCUCAAACCCCCGAGACAACAGCUACACAGAGAGUGAUCGUGAUUGUUGUUGCUGUUGUGUUGGCUGUUCUGGUUACUGCUGUUAUUCUUUGGGUGGUUCGCAAAAAAAGAGCUGAUAACAGAAAAGGGACUAAUGACUCUGUGGAGCAGAAAGAUGAUGCGACUUACACUGAGAUUGACACAAACUGGAAAAUCGGAAUCAAAAAUAACAAGGUUCAUGAUGAUGAUGAAGAUGAAGAUGAUGAUGAAGGGAUUUAUUCUUUUAUCACACAAGCAACUGUUGAACCUCAGGAUGAUUGCAGUUAACUUGCAUUUGUGAACAAGAACCAUCAGAAAUAAGUUAAACAGUCAUUAAUUAUACAAAGACAUCCUAAUAUCAAUCACAGAGAAAUAUUAACCUUAUAUUAUCGACUCCUAAGGGUUUCAUUCAGCCCCAUUGUAAAUACUGUCUCACAUUUUAACACACAUUCCCAAAUGAUGAUCUGAUUGUAAUGUUUUGGUCAGAUUGUGAUGUUUAUUUUAAAGUAACUGUCUGCUUGCUGAAUUAAUGCUAGUGCCUUUAUUAAUAAUUCUGGAUUGUGCAUUAACCUCUGUGCUUGUAGAAAUAAAAUAAAAGCCAUGUUCUCUCUUAGAUCAUUCUCAUUAAAUCAUCUAUUAUAUUGAGUGAUUACUGCAGACUAGUUAUCGAAUUAUGAAAACAAGUUCAAGUUAUGUAAUUAUUUAAAUAUUUAUUAACAAGAAGUGAAUGAUAAUGUGGUGUUGAACACUUGAGCAGCUGCUUUCAGUAACACUUGUGAUAUCAGAUUUUAUUUGUCAGUAAUAAAUUUAAGACAUGAAGCAGUCUAUCAAAUAUACAUUUACAGUGAAUUAUUCUUGUACAGAUUUGUUAGACAUCAUACAGAAACCUCUUGAUUGUGUCUGUUCAAACCUUUAGGAUACAGAGGAGUUUGUGCAAAACUAUUUCUGUUAGUGAGCAGAUUGUGUCUGUGAGAGACUUCAUUGUCAAUAGUUUUUUAUUGUAAAUAUGUUGCGAUUUAAGAAGAAAGAAACAGAAUAAAUAAUGUAAAUGGA